AUGUUUGAAACCAGUGAGAACUCGGAUGCGAGAAUUGAGCAAGCCCUGUAUUUCAUCGUCAUAUUCUUAGCCAAUCUCUCCAACGUUUUGAUGUAUAUUAAAGCACCCGCUCUUCUGAAGGCCACCAACACCGUCCUGGUCAACGUGUACGUCCCUCUUAUGCGCUCUCCCCAUAGCUACCCAACGCCGCUACCAGUCGCUUAUGAUUGGACCUUCCAUGUUAGGCUGUCGGCCACCCUCAUGUCGAGAUUGAUGAUAAAUCUUCGAGCGGUUGACGAGCACAAGUUCAGAAGGACGUGGGAUGACAGUAUCCCGUUGCGCGUUUUGGAGACACGUAGUUGCCACGAUGCAUCGUCUUCCUCAGAGGUCUUACCUCUCGUAUAA